AUGACGGCACGGAAGAGGGAAGAGGCAAAAAACAAUAUGUGUAAAGCAAGAGACUGGGACGACCAGGAUGUGCUGUACGUACCUUACGCGAAGAGGAAAGUGGAGAAGAUGGUGUAUGUUUUGGUGCUGAAAAAAGGAAGCAUGAAAAGAUGGAGAGAGAAGAUGGAAAAUAUUUUGGAGCGAAGAAGGUCAGGAAGACAUGGGCGACUGGAGAAAAAAAAGUUGGCAGGCGCGCGUGGGGAGGCGAAACGAAAGCAUUACAAAACAGAAAGAGCGAUCAUGGACGCGUCAAAGACAGAUACCACUACAAAACGGAAAGAGCGACUGGUCAACAGAUGGCAACUUGAGUAG